CGUAGCAAUCCACAGCCCAACAAGCCCAGUCCUCGACGCCGUCGGUAGGUAGGUAGGUAGACGCUCGUUAGUGGCUGAUACCUACACGACAGCUUUAACCGAUGUGCAGCCUUACGUAAUGUCUUUAUUCAACUCCCAGAGUCCCAUCCCAUGCCAGGCUUUGAGCGCUGGUGGUGCGAGCAGUCGCGAUCGAUUAGGCCUGUGUGUGUCUGGUUCGCGACGACGUGAAGCGGGUCGUUCGAUGGUCUAGACGACGUGAGCUAGCCGUAAAAUUCAACGUCUGCUCGUACAAUAUGCUCAGUUGACGGCUAUUACAGCUGCUACAGGUCCUUAGAUAGCAGAAUCCAUCUGUUGAUUUAGCAGCAGCCACUCGCACCAAGCAGUGCUGCGUUGGUGACGCUGUACCGUUAUUACAGUUUUCCAGGGAGUCGCCGCCUCGUCGGUCCUGUUUUCGAGGAUUCUCAAAAACAAAACUUAUCCAACAGAAUUCAUCUGGUGAUUCUACGAGUAGCAGCAGCUACUCGCACCAACCAUCCGUUGCUGCAAACCCCGUAGGGCAUGGCCGUCAGCAGUCAGUCGUCUGGCCAACGGGGUGGGGGAUCCUAAUCUGGGAUAGGUGUCGUACUGCUCAUAAUGAACUGUACAUAAUAUACUGUAGGUAAUGUACUCUACAUGGUGUACUUACAUGGUGUACUGUACAUAUCUCGGAGACGGAAUGUUGACCACGAAACUAAGCCCGCCGGGGACCGAGGCUGAGAGGACUGAGGCCCUUAGCCACCCAGCCAUGCCUGCAAAAAGCUGUCACUGACAGGCUUUGAGGCGCCUCAAAAGCUGACCACGGUACUAAGCCCCCUGGGGACCGAUGCAGAGAGGACUGAGGCCCUUAGCCACCCAAGCAUGCCUGCAGAAAGCUGUCACUGACAGGCUUUGAGGCGCCUCAAAAGCUGACCACGGUACUAAGCCCCCUGGGGACCGAUGCAGAGAGGACUGAGGCCCUUAGCCACCCAAGCAUGCCUGCAGAAAGCUGUCACUGACAUGCUUUCCACCGAGGCUGCCUUGGCUAUACCCUGCUUCGCGACAGAGCACACGCUUCUUCAAGACGUUCUUGUCCGUUGAUCUUUUAGAUAUUCAAGCGCGGAGAUUUAGGAGAGACGAGUGACUUGGUCCGUUUUUUAGGCUACAUAAGGUAGCCGAAGUAGUGGCUAUAUCAUUCCGUCAAAGAUUCUACCCGAAGAUCCCACCCCGGAUUCUCAAUCUUUUCCCUUUGUUCCUGACUAGAAGUCCAGUCCGAACAGUCUUCCCCCUAGAAGCUUGAUUCUAGGUUUCAGCACGGGAGCUUUUUUGACAUCUGCUGAGAGUCCGCCCGAAGCUUCACUCCUUAUUGAAGCGUGGCUUCAGUCUCCUACUAGGCUUCAAAUCCGCUCCAGCUUGAAAGCUGGUAGUCCCUUGAGGGCUUCAAGGGCUCAGGGAGGGCUUUCAAGUCAGAGAUUCGCCUGUGAAGCAGCUGUUGUGAAACAGCCAGCAUGCCGAUGCGCAAUGCAGUGUCCCGCAUCUCGCUGCGGGUGGGCUUCGUGGACUGGGCUGGGAUCGCUGGCAAUGCUGACGGUGCUAUGAAGAACGAUGCAGGAAGAAGAAAGCUACCCAGCUCCGGUAGCCUUGACAGCUCUGGACAAUUUGAGGCUCGGCAGACGAUGCAGACAGCACCUGUGUCUUGCGCCAUGAAGCGACCUAUCAGAAGCUGCAGCUUUCCUGGCAGCAACAGCAACAGCCAUCUCUUUAGGGAUGGCGCAUCUGCACAGUGUGACACAGGAGAUGAUGGUUGGGGAUCGGGUGAGUCAGCAGGGACUACCAUUAAGAGCUACUCUCCAAGGAAAGGCUCCCUGCGAAGCCCUGACAGGAAUUCUCGCUUCAAGGAAGGCCGCAGAGUAAGUUUCUCAAGACGGGUGCUGGUGAUUACUGUUUGAGCGUGGUAGGACAGUCCACAGAAGCUUUUACUCUUCGUGCAUGCAAUGCACGUUGGCUCCUUUUUUGCAUACUGGCGCACGUGGCCAUAUGUUUGUUGCACAUGUUGAGUCGACUCAAUUUGGCCGGUGGUGCCGUGCCGAUGCCUGCAGUUUGACUCACGAUUACAUAGUGCAAGACCUGGACCAUACCGAAGGUAUACUACCAUCAGUGUGGUAGUGAUAGCGCUGAUGUAACAGUAAA